CAACCAGCUUCUUUCAAGUCGCAAAAUCGGGAUGGCUAUAUAGUCUUCGCUCGAGUAUCGCCGUCUCUGUGGGUGUUGUUGGUUUAGGCUAUAGCUGCAACAUCGCGCGUGACGAAAAAAAGGUUCGCAUCGCCGUUGCUAUACUGAAAUAUAUAUUUAUUGGUAUAAAUAAACAUUGCCCAUUUUAUCCGAUUUACCGCUGCUACUGAUACGUCGGUCAACCUGACCGGUUACAACAAUGAACCCAUUGUUGGCGCUUCCGAUUUUCUCUCUCCUCAUCGCCCCUGUGUGGGCUUUCUGCGGCACCAGCGUCAAUUUUAUUUUCUUUUACAUGACAUGGGCGACCCUGGUGCUGUCGCAUACGGCUCUCCGCGUUGAGCUGGUGGGCACUGCCACCGUGCGGGUGCUGUGCUAUGCUCUUCCCUCGCUCCUGUUCUUCCUGUUCGACAUCCUGACGCCCUCGGCCGCCGUGCUCCUCAAGGCCCAGGGCGAAUACGGACUGCCCAACGGCAACAAACGGGGCAGGAUCCGGCGCAAGGACCUCAAAGUCGCCGUGUGGGCGCUCUUCAAUUUGACCCUGGGUGUCGCCGUCCAAGGUGCCAUUGAACAUACCCUUGCCAGCCGCUUUCGCAAGGUGAGCCUUGUGCGAGUGACGCUGAAGCUUCCGCUCCCGUGGUCUCUGGCCUGGGAGAUCUUUUGGGGAUUGAUCCUGCGAGAGAUGCUCAGCUACAUCAUCCACCGCUGGAUCCUGCACACCAAGAACCCCCUCGCCCGCCUCCACGCCGCCUGGUACCACGCCCUCCGCGCCCCCUACCCGCUCACCGCACACUACGACCACCCGCUCGCCUACCUGGUCGGCCGCUGGCUCCCCACCAUCCUCCCCGUCGCCCUGGGCCGCCUGCACCUGGUCACCUACCUGGUCUACCUGGCCAUCGUCUCCCUGGAGGAGACCUUCGCCUACAGCGGAUACUCCGCGAUGCCGACGGGUUUCUUCAUCGGCGGCAUGGCGCGCAACAUGGAAGCGCACCUCCACAGCCUGGGCACGGGCAACUUCGGGCCUUGGGGGGUGGUGGACCGCGUGCUGGGCACGACCGUCGACGAGGAGUACGACGCCGACCCCCCCACGCCGCCGCGACUGCGCCUGCGUCGGCGGCCGAAUAGCGGGCGAGAGGAGGAAGAGAAGGAGGCGAAGGAGGAACGAGCUCCUCAUUCUCAUCGUCGCCGUCAUCACCUCCAACGCCAGGGGAUUGUGCUGGCGCAGGAUCUCAAGGAUUACGCUGAUAACGAUGUUGUUGUUGACAGUGGUGAGAAUGUUCUUCCUGUGGGUGAAGAUGAGGAUGACGAUGACGAUGAUGUUUUGGGGGUGGGGAUGCAGCCCCGCGCGCCGCAGUUGCGGCGGGUGAAGAAUUAUUGGGCUGGCGAGCCGAAGGCUCGGCGGACUACGAGGGGGGCGAGGCGGAGGGAGGGAGGAGGGUGA